UCUUUUUGACGUUUCAAAAGUUAAAAUGUUGUCUGAGAUUGUGUUGUUGUUUUGAUAGUUUAUUAAUUUAUAUUUCUUUUGCCAUCAGUGGACUAUGAACUCUUAGAAAAUAAUAUACACUAUUUUUACCAUCAGUUUUACAAAGUACAAUGUCUCAACAAAGAUCAGCUGUAAUUAAUUUAUACAAGACGCUCUUACACUUAGGUCGAGAUUGGCCGCAAGGUUACGAUCUAUUCCGUAAGCGACUCCACAAAGUUUUUAUAAAAAACAGUGAAGAAACUGACCCCAAGAAAAUUCAAACCAUGAUCAAACAUGGUGAAUAUGUAGUUAAAGAAAUAGAAGCUCUUUACAUGCUCAAGAAAUACCGGACCAUGAAGCGUAGGUACUAUGACGAAAAAUGACUUGAAAAUUCAAACUGUAAUUAUUUUUAACAUCUUGUAAAACCUAAGUUAGGUUCAUACUUAAACUUGCCAUGUAGGCGACCCUUUAUAGUUUGUAUCAUUCCUUUUAUGAAUUCUCACAAUUUGUUGAAAUAUCCUUUAUAAAUAGGUAAUAAUGCCUAGAAACUAGAGACCAUUAGGUAUACCUUGUUAUGUUUGUAUUAACAUUAAGUAUACUUGUAGGUAGGUAAGUAUCAUAAUGUGAUAUUACAUAAGAAUCAUAAUGUGAUAUUUAAAACAACUAAUUUGGAAAUAUAUUAAUUUUGUAACAUAAAUACUUGUAAUGUAGCUAAUAAACAAGACAUAUUGGCAAAACUA